CUUCACGAACAGCAUCCCCAAAGCUCAAGCUUCAGCAAAGCCGCGGAUUUCUCCGCCCAAAUCCGAUCUCCAGGCCAUCUCUUCCCCUCAUUGUCUCACCGAUUUCGCCCUUGAUCGCCCUCAUUCUGGCAAUUGGGGUCGUCCGGCGAGGUUAUAGGUUUGUCUGAGCUGUAGAGAUGGAUUCAGAGGACGAUAUGCAUGAUGCCAAUGAUCUGGAAUCCAUGGAUGAUGAUUUCUACAGCGGGGACACUGGAAUGGGGAGUGACAAUGGCGAUGGGGCUUAUGAUUUCGGGGAUAAUGAGUCUGAUGGGUCGGAGGAUAUUAUCUCACACCGCCAGCAGCAGAACUAUAUCAUCUUGAGUGAAGCUGACAUAAAACGACAUCAAGAGGAUGAUAUAAACAGGGUAUCUACUGUACUUUCCUUGCCAAGAGUUAGUGCGUGCAUCCUUCUUCGGCAUUAUAAUUGGAGUGUAAGUAGGGUGCAUGACGAAUGGUUUGCUGAUGAAGAAAAUGUCCGGAAAGCUGUUGGCUUGUUGGAGAAGCCAAUUGAAAUGGAAAAUGCUCAGGAACUUUGUUGUGGAAUUUGUUUUGAGAAUUACCCUCGUGACAUGAUGAGCUCUGCUGCUUGUGGGCACCCAUUUUGUGGUGCAUGCUGGAGAGGUUACAUUGGGACUUCAAUAAGUGAUGGCCCUGGGUCGCUUUCAUUGCGCUGUCCUGAUCCAUCUUGUGGUGCUGCUGUUGGUCAGGACAUGAUUAACUUUUUGGCUUCUGAUGAAGAUAAAGAGAAGUAUUCUCGCUACCUCCUCAGAUCUUACAUUGAGGAUAACAGGAAGACAAAAUGGUGCCCUGCUCCAGGCUGUGACUUUGCAGUGGAAUUCAUUAUGGGCAGUGGAAGCUAUGAUAUAUCUUGCAAUUGUUCAUAUGGCUUCUGCUGGAAUUGUACUGAGGAAGCACACAGGCCUGUGGAUUGUAGCACAGUGGCAAAAUGGAUAUUAAAGAACAGUGCAGAGUCUGAAAAUAUGAACUGGAUUUUAGCUAAUUCAAAGCCCUGCCCAAAAUGCAAGCGACCAAUAGAGAAAAACCAGGGCUGUAUGCAUAUUACAUGCACUCCUCCAUGUAAAUUUGAGUUUUGCUGGUUAUGCCUUGGUGCAUGGUCCGAGCAUGGGGAGAGGACUGGUGGUUUCUAUGCUUGUAAUCGUUAUGAGUCAGCGAAACAAGAAGGGGCGUAUGAUGAAUCUGAAAGAAGAAGAGAAAUGGCUAAAAAUUCUCUUGAGAGAUACACCCACUAUUAUGAACGCUGGGCAACCAACCAAUCUUCACGCCAAAAGGCACUUGCAGAUUUACAUAGCAUGCAAACUGAAAAGUGUUGUUUGCAGCUUGAAAAGCUGAGUGACAAGCAAAGCCAGCCUGAGUCCCAGCUGAAAUUCGUUACAGAAGCAUGGUCACAGAUAGUAGAAUGCAGGAGAGUAUUGAAGUGGACCUAUGCAUAUGGAUAUUACCUCCCAGAGCAUGAACGUGCCAAGAGGCAAUUUUUCGAGUAUUUGCAAGGGGAAGCUGAAUCUGGGUUAGAAAGGCUUCACCAAUGUGCAGAGAAAGAAAUCCAAAGCUACUUUGAAGCAGAUUCUCCUUCAAAAGACUUCAAUGAUUUCCGCACAAAGCUUGCCGGUUUGACCAGUGUUACCCGGAAUUACUUUGAGAACCUUGUUCGAGCGCUGGAGACUGGGCUGAAGGAUGUAGAAUCUGCGGACAACCAGGCGACAUGCAGCAAGAGCUCAAGCUCCAAAUCCAUCGGUGUAAAGAUUAAAGGCGGGAAGAACAAGGUUGCUGGGAUCGUCUAUCGGUCUGUUGGCCCGAGCCGCAGCUCAGAUGGCGGCAAUGUCUGGUCAUGCGAGCGGUGCACGUACGCUAACUCCAAAUUUGCCAAUACUUGUCAGAUGUGUCAUCUGCAGCGAACAUAGAAAUUUUUGUCUAUGUAGCUAGCACUCUUCACUGUGGCUCAUUUUCCUUGAUGCUGUCAGCUUUGGUUGUGAGGAAUAAAAUGGAAAGAAUUGGUAAAAAAAAA